AUGUCAUCAUUUAUUAGAUAUGGUAUUAAAAGAAUUCAAAAAAGAAAUGAUUUUGGUAUUUUAAGUGGUGGAAAUUUAUUCAGGUUUUAUACUUCAAAUCACAAACAAUAUUUUAUUUCCCUUAAUAGUCCUUCAAGUUUACACCGUGCUAAUUGUGUCUCAGGGAGUAAUAGUCUUGUAGUGACAAGAGCUUAUUUGGUAUCAGAAGUGGGAUCAGAUACAGUACCUCCAAAAGAGAUUUUAGAAACUCUUGCCUCACCUUUUGAAAAACAAUUGAAAUUAAUCGAAUCACAAAACUCUGAUAUCAUGAACGAAUAUUAUAAUUUAUUAAGAAAUGAAAAACCGAAACAUAUGGGAUCAUUUAUUUUUUUAGGAUUUAGUUGUGGAGAAGUUUUAGAAACUUCAAAGGCGGUUGAUAAAAUAAUGGGAGUGGAACUUUUUUCAAAUCUUGGAAUUUUAAAAAAAAUUUAUUAUAUUCAUUGUCGAAGAAAUAAAGAUUCUGUAAGUUCAUUUGAAAUUAAAAAUUCUGAUGGUUCAAGAAACUUUAAAAAAAUAUAUAACAUUGAUACAAUUAAAUCAGUCUUAAAAGCAUUUAAUGAAAAUGCAAAUGAAGGUGAAUAUAGUUCAAGGGAUAUAAUUUUUGAAUCACCAAAUACUGAUAAUUAUACUCUUGUUCUUACUCCACAUUUUUUGAAUCAAUUAGAAAAAAGAAUUACAAAUGAAGUAAUUAGAAAACAAAUUUUAAAUGCCAUUUUUUUAAGAUGUCCUAAUCCAGUUUUUGUACCAGUUGUUAGUGGUCUCAAACCAUUCUUGGAAAAUGAAAAUGAAAUUUUAUUAUGUAAACAUUAUGAUAGAUAUUCAACUUCUACCAUUGGUGUAAUCACUGAUACAGAUCAAAAAUUAAUCACUAGAGAAAUGUUGACUCCAGAUGGUUGGAUUAAAAUUAUGAAAGGUGAUGAUAUUGAUCAAAAAAUAAUUGAAAUAAAAAAUAGAAUGUAUAAAUUUUUUUUUAGAAAUAAUUCAUCUUAUUUUCAAGAUUUAAUUACAACUAGAUUUAAAACUGUAAAAACUUUAUUAGAGAGUGGUAAUGGAUUAACAAAAAGUACAUUUUCUUUAAAUCUUUUAUUAUUUUUUAUGUCUGAAUGGAACAUUCAUUCAAUGUCAUUAAAACAAUUUAUAGGUAAAAGGAUAGAGAAAAAAUUAACAUCAAUAUUAGUUAGUAAAAUGGGAGAUUUAAAUAUGGAUAGAAUUGAUUUCAGUGAGUUUAAUGAAGAAAGAGAGAUGGGUAUUGUUGAAAUUUUUGAUAGUUUUGAAAAAGCAAAUGGUAAUGAACAAACAGAUUUAGAUGAAUUUACAUUUGUAAAUGUAAAGAAACAAUGGUUAUUCUUUUCAAAAUCGUUAAGAGGAGAAGAAUUACCAAAUCAUUAUAUCAAUGUCUAUUCUAAACAAUUUAUUGAUUCAAUUUCAAAGAUUCCAGAGGUUAGUGGUAUUUCAGAAAGUAAAUAUCCAAGUAUCUUUGAAAUUUCAUGGAAUAGAAAUUAUAAGAGAGCUCUUUCUUCAUUAAUGGAUGAUGAUUACAUUUUCAAUAUACAAUCACAAAUCGUUGAUGAUGUAGCCACUGCUAUCGAUAACUUUACAAAGGAAAAAGCCUAUGAUGUGCCUGUGUUAGGAUACGUUCUUAGAGAUGAAGCCUUUAAUUUUAAAAAUACCAUGGAUGAUAAUGUUUUUUGCCAAUUGGUUUCAAAAGAGUUCUCUCCAUCAGUCACUUAUGAAGAAUUCCGUGAAAGUGUCAAUCAAGUAUAUUCAUUAAAUAAUAUUCAAGAACUUCAACUUUUAGGUUUUUCAUGUAUAGCACUUUCAAAAAAAUUGUCAAGAGAAAUUGUCAAUGCUUCAAUGGGAAGUAUUAUUAAACAUGUGAUUUUAAGAGCAAUUGAAUCUAUAAGUUACAAUAAAUCUUCUUUUCAAAAUAAUUCUUUGGAUGAAAUACCUAAACUAUUAAAAAGUGGUGAAAUAUUAAAGAAAUCAUUUGGUUUUAAAUCAUUAAGUAAUAAAAAAUAA